ACUCGCCUGCGGCCUGAGCAGGUCCGACCCGCUAGCCCAGCCGCGGAGCAUCCACUGCGACCCCCGCCCUGGCCGCGCGCCGGCCCAGCCGCCGACACCAUGCCCACCUCAGUGCUGUGGGCGGUGGACCUCUUUGGGAGAGUAUACACUCUGUCCACGGCCGGCCAGUACUGGGAACUGUGCAAGGAUGCCCAGCUGGAGUUCAAGCGGGUCAGCGCGGCCACGCAGUGUUGCUGGGGCAUUGCCUGCGACAACCAGGUCUACUUGUAUAUGUGCGCCAACGAUGUCCCCAUCCGCUGCCGAGAGGAGGCCUAUGAGAAUCAGCGUUGGAACCCUAUGGGUGGCUUCUGCGAGAAGCUCCUGCCGAGUGACCGCUGGCAGUGGAGUGACGUGAGUGGGCUCCAACACCGGCUGCUGGAUGGGGUGGCGCUACCCUCGCCACACUGGGAGUGGGAGUCAGACUGGUACGUGGAUGAGAAUUUUGGAGGGGAACCCACCGAAAAAGGGGGGUGGACGUAUGCCAUUGACUUUCCCGCCACCUACACGAGAGACAAGAAGUGGAAUUCGUGCGUGCGGCGACGGAAGUGGAUCCGGUACAGGAGAUACAAGUCCCGGGACACCUGGGCCAAGAUCCCCUCAAAGGAUGACCCCAAGGAACUCCCUGACCCCUUUAAUGACCUCUCUGUCGGCGGGUGGGAGAUUACAGAGGAGCCCGUGGGCCGCCUGUCAGUCUGGGCUGUGUCUCUKCAGGGAAAGGUGUGGUACCGAGAGGAUGUCAGCCACUCCAACCCGGAAGGCUCCUGGUGGUCCCUGGUGGACACCCCUGGGGAGGUGGUCCAGAUCAGCUGUGGGCCCCAUGACCUCCUGUGGGCCACCCUCUGGGAGGGGCAGGCCCUGGUCCGGGAAGGAAUCAACAGGAACAACCCCAAAGGAAGUUUCUGGUCCAUAGUGGAGCCUCCUGGGUCUGAAAAUGGGAUCAUGCACAUCUCCGUGGGCGUCGGCGUGGUCUGGGCUGUCACUAAAGACCGGAAAGUAUGGUUCCGAAGGGGUGUCAACUCUCACAAUCCCUGUGGCACCAGCUGGAUCGAGAUGGUUGGCGAGAUGGUCAUGGUGAACGUGGGGCUCAAUGACCAGGUCUGGGGCAUCAGCUGUGAGGACCGAGCUGUGUACUUCCGGCAGGGCGUCACCCCCAGUGAGCUCAGUGGGAAGACAUGGAAGGCUAUUGUUGCCACCCGAGAGUGUGACCGGUCCCACUCUGGCAGCUCGUCAAGCCUCCUCAGUGCUGGCUGCUUCUUUGGUGAUGAAGUGAGGGCCAGUAGUGACUCUGCAUCCCACGACACUGACGUUUCUUCAGAAGUCGAGAGACGGGACCCCGAGCAGCCUCUCCCUAAGGAGCCUUUGGACAAUCCCCAGAACCCCAAUGAGAGCUCAGCCUUGGACCCCGGGGCCAGCAGGACUGCAGAGUGUGAUGUGGAGGAUGCCUGCCCAGUGGUGGGCAGAGGGGAGCCCACUCAGGCCCCUGGUCCCAGUGGGCGUCCAGCUGAGCUGCCCUGGACUAACAUUGACCUGAAGGAGCCCAAGAAGGCUCCUAACCACUCAGCUGCUGGCCUCCCUGAAUCCACGGGCCUCGCCUCCCUGGGGCUCUUCACCCUGGGCUUGGAGGAGCCCUAUGGGGCCGAUGACCACCUGCUGUGGGCCUGGGUGUCAGGAGGUGGCUGUGCAGUGGAGGCAGGCUCCGUGCUCAAGUGGUUCACUGUCCAGUCUGGCCUGUCUCCCUCAGUGCAGACGCUGUCCCUGUCCAUCACGCCAGCACAAACCGCCGCCUGGAGGAAGCAGAUCUUCCAGCAGCUCACAGAAAGGACCAAGCGGGAGCUGGAGAACUUCCGGCAUUACGAGCAGGCCGUGGAACAGUCAGUAUGGGUGAAGACCGGGGCCCUGCAGUGGUGGUGUGACUGGAAGCCCCACAAGUGGGUGGACGUCCGCGUGGCCCUGGAGCAGUUCACGGGGCAUGACGGGGCUCGAGACAGCAUCCUCUUCAUCUACUACGUGGUCCAUGAGGAGAAGAAGUACCUUCAUGUGUUCCUCAAUGAGGUGACAGUGCUGGUCCCAGUGCUCAAUGAGGCCAARCACUCCUUUGCCCUAUAUACUCCUGAGAGGACACGGCAGAGGUGGCCCGUGCGCCUGGCUGCUGCCACCGAGCAGGACAUGAAUGACUGGCUUGCCCUGCUCAGCCUGUCCUGCUGUGAGAGCCGGAGGGUCCAAGGCCGCCCGUCCCCACAGGCCAUCUGGUCCAUUACCUGCAAGGGAGACAUCUUUGUGAGUGAGCCCAGCCCAGACCUGGAGGCCCAUGAGCACCUGCUGCCUUGUGACCAGAUGUUCUGGAGGCAGAUGGGAGGCCACCUGCGGGUGGUGGAGGCCAACAGCCGUGGCGUGGUGUGGGGCAUCGGCUAUGACCACACAGCCUGGGUGUACACAGGUGGCUACGGUGGAGGCUGCUUCCAAGGCCUGGCCAGCAGCACCAGCAACAUCUACACACAGUCGGACGUGAAGAGUGUCUACAUCUACGAGAACCAGCGCUGGAAUCCCGUCACGGGCUACACCAGCAGGGGUCUGCCCACCGACCGGUAUAUGUGGAGUGAUGCUACAGGGUUACAGGAAUGCACCAAGGCUGGCACAAAGCCCCCGUCCCUGCAGUGGACCUGGGUUUCCGACUGGUAUGUGGACUUCAGCAUAACGGGAGGCACUGACCAGGARGGGUGGCAGUACGCCAGUGACUUCCCUGCCUCAUACCAUGGGUACAAAACCAUGAAGGAUUUUGUCAGGAGAAGGUGUUGGGCCAGAAAAUGCAAGCUGGUGACCAGUGGGCCUUGGCUGGAGGUGGCUCCCAUCGCCCUUGGGGACGUGUCUAUCAUCCCAGAGAGCCCAGAGGCUGAGGGGCACACGCACAGCAUUGCCCUGUGGGCCGUCAGUGACAAGGGGGAUGUGCUGUGCCGCCUGGGCGUGUCCGAGCUCAACCCCGCGGGCUCCUCCUGGCUGCACGUUGGCACAGACCAGCCCUUCGCCUCCGUUUCCAUUGGGGCCUGCUACCAGGUGUGGGCUGUGGCCAGGGAUGGCUCUGCAUUCUACAGGGGCUCUGUGUCCCCCUCCCAGCCAGCUGGUGACUGCUGGUACCACAUCCCCCCUCCCCCCAAACAGAGACUAUCACAGGUGUCUGUUGGGCAGACGUCUGUAUACGCCCUGGAUGAAAAUGGGAACCUGUGGUUCCGCGGAGGGAUCACACCCAGCUACCCGCAGGGCUCCAGCUGGGAUCAUGUGUCCAACAACGUGCGCAGAGUGUCCGUGGGGCCCCUGGACCAGGUCUGGGUCAUCGCCAACAAAGUCCAGGGCAGCCAUGGGCUGAGCCGGGGGACAGUGUGUCACCGCACGGGCGUGCAGCCCCRAGAGCCCAAGGGGCAGGGCUGGGACUACGGCAUCGGGGGAGGCUGGGACCACAUAUCUGUCAGGGCCAAUGCCACCAAGGCCGUCCGGAGCGUGUCCCAGGAGCAGGAGGCCCACGGCCCUGUCUGCUGCUGAGGCUGCCCAGUCACCUGGAGKCUGGGAUGGUGACAGGCUUGAGGAUCAGGCUUGAGCCCUUCUGUGCUGAAGAGUGCCCCGAGAGAAGACAUCGUCAGGACGACUCAGGAGGGCACCUGGCGGGUCGUGGCCCCUUCAGAGGCGCAGGCUGAAGUGCCAGGGUGUAAAGCCCACACGUGUCCCCCGUCUGCCAGGAGAGCUGUGGCGUGGGGAGGGACCCUGGGCCCCCGCCUGUCCCAUCUGCUCCUUGCCCUGCACUGUCCACCUGCCCAGGCCCUGAGCCUGGAGCUCGGAGCUUGCCAGGAACUCUGGCCCCGGGAGCAGAGCCAGGGAGGAACCCUUCUGAGCCAGGUGCCCCAGAUGGCAUCUGGGCCCUGCCCUGCCCCAAGAGAAAUGGCUGCGGGGCUCUGGACCCCCUGCCACAGGCUGUGGUCAUUCCUCAGAGCAGGGUUUAGAAGCAGAUCUAGUUUGGAAAGUUAAACAGAGGUGGUGAGCUGGAGAUGAAUGCUCAAGUGGAGGGCCUUCCCCAGGUGAGCUGGGCCUGCUGGGUGCAUGGAGAUGUGCCCAAGUGCGGUCACCUCAAGAACCUUCCAUGGUGAGGGAGGCUCCUCAUAUGGAGGAUCUGGGAUCCUGUUGCAGGGUGGCAAGGUAGAGGGGAGCAGUGUCCUGGGCCCCCCAACAUUGUGGGAAGCAAGACGGUGCUGUGGGCAGGGUAUGGACAGAAUCCCCCCAGCUGUCCUGCCCCCAGGGCAGGGAGAAGGYGCCUUCCGCCCUGAUGUGAGAGCCCUGCUGUGCCGGGCCAGGAGGAAGUGCUUAGCCAGUGGCCCUUGCCCUGGGUAGCUUCUGUGCUGCUGGCUGCCCUGUACCCCUUAGGCGAUGUCUCCAGUCACUUCCUACAGCUGGACACUGCGUGGGAGGUGACCAGAGACAUGUCCUGUCCACGCUCCUUCUGAGGUGGCUUGAGUAGCCGGGCUCCUGACUGGCUCCCCGUCUGUCUGUCUGUGGUCAGGAGRGGUCGGCUCUGCAGUCACCUGGGAAUCCAGUUUGCUGUGGAGCGUUUGUCACCAGAAGCCGACCUUAGGCAUGGUCUUCUUGGGGGGUCCCCUCCCACAGGCACUCGAGGACCUGGUGUUCAGUUUCUGGAGGUGGGACCUGGCGAGCCUGCGUAUGGCGCCCAGGGGAACGAUGGAGUGGCCCUGGACUGACCCUCCGCUUGUCUCCAUGUUAGGCCUGAGUGGGCAUCAUGGUUUGUUCCCCCCAAUGUGACCUGUAUGUUUCUGCUGUGACUUGCUGUCUGCAGGUAGUUCUCAGCAAGGCACUGGGUGUCAUUCUGCCCCCUCUCCAGAGUGACAUGGCCUCUUGCUGCUCAGCACCAACGGUUCACCUGCUCAGCAUCACUGUCUUGAUCCCUGGGAUGCUUUAUUCAGUAAAAACUCGCACCACUGUCAA